GUCGAGACGACGCGACUCCCAACUAAAUCAAAUCCCUAAGCCCCAUCCAUGGCCGCCGCCGCCGCGCGCGACCUCGCCGGCGACCCGCCGGAGUCCACCCUACUCCGGCGCGUCGGGGACGAGACCGCCUGGCCGGACGUGUACGACCGCGACGACUCGCUCAAGGAGAACACCAACCCCAAGUGCUUCCUCCGGAACCACCCGGCCGCCUACGGCGGCGGCGCGUCGCAGCGGUUCUCCGGGAACCUGAAGCCGACGGCGGCGCCGAUCAUUGGCUCGUCGAGGAAGCUGGGCGGAGGAGGAGGAGGUGGUGGUGGUGGGCGGUUCCGUCCCCCGGCGAUCUUCCCGAAGAAGGCGAAGACUGGGGGAGGCGGGCGCACGCCCAAGGCGGCGGUGCCGGAGCACGAGCCCGGGUCGCCCAAGGUGUCCUGCAUCGGGAAGGUCCUCUCCGACCGCGAGCGCGCGCGCCGCCGCCGGUCGCCGUGGUCGCUGGAGACGACGCCCCGCGGCGGCGGAGGCGGCUGCUGCCCGGGGUUCAGUUCCCUGUUCGUCCGCCGGAGCCGCUCGAGGAAGAACGUCGUGGAGUGCGUCGACGACCAGUCCCCGCCCCCGGCCCCGCCCCCACCGCCUGGAGCCUCGUUGAGGCGGAGGGAGGAGAAGGUGGUCUUGAUGACCGACGAGGAGGUGGCGGCGGCUCCGGCGCCGGGGCUGGGAGGGAUGAAGCGGUUCGUGUCGGGGAGGAGGGCGGCGGAUUGGGCGGCUGAGAUGGAGGUGGACGACCACGUGGCGAGAUCUGGGCCGUUGUAGCGUGCACCGGAGACCACGCGAAGACAUUGUUCAUGUACAUGAAAGUCAGUUUGGUUUGGUUUGGAUUUUUAUGUGAAUUUCAGUUAGUUGUUGAUGUGCUUUAGUCUAGUUUUGAGGUUUGUGUACAUACUGAUAAAAUUAGGAGAUGAGGAUGAUGGUUUUUCAGCUAGCAAAUUAGUCAAAAAUUUGUUCUGUUUUGGCUUGUUUCUAUUUCAUGUAAGUUGAAUGGAGAGGAUUUCAGUACAGACAUAUGCUCCUAUGACUUGGCCUUGCCUAACUUUUUUGAAUGACA